CCCGUUCAUUUUUCAUUAUGAGCCUCAACAACACAUGACUACUUCUGUUGUUCCCUUUAACCUGCAAGUCCAGGCAGUAAUGUAAGAUAAAGAAAAGACUUUGCAACUGAGAGAAUCAGAUUUGAUAUAGCAGAUACCCAGAAGAGGGGAAAACAUAUGAUGGCAAGGUUUGCUAUUUGACGUUCGAAUCGAACUAUGACAUCAUGUAAAUAAGACUGAGAUUUGAAUCGGCAAGUUUCAGGUGACUUGGGGGGGCUCGACAAGACAGCCACAUAGGACGGCGCUGUCACUUGGUAUUUUUAUUGUCUGCGAUAGUCUGUUCGUUGGUGUGUUUCUUUAAUCAUUUCUUCACAAAAUGGCUGCAUGAGCCAUCAUUUGAAAAUUCAUCCUUUUCUAACCACGCCUCUAUAAAUUUGAGCAUUAUUCUCUACAAUCCACACAACAAACACUGCAUGUGAACCUCGGUUCCCUCUGCUUUUCAUCUGCGACUAGUACUCUCUGCUAUGGCGUCAAAAUCCAUCUUUGCUUGUAUCAUAUUACUGAUUGUUCUGUGCCUGCUCCUGAUGAGGGAGCCUUCUCCUGAUUGCAGUUCUGUGCAUGGCUGCUUUGGUGUUAAUGCAACGGGAUUCAAGGAGGCUGGAAACAGGAAGGUGCUGGCUGCCUUGAGGGUAAAGAAGACAACUUUGCCUGGCUAUGGAGGAUCAUCGAGCAGCAAGUCUGUUAAGGAUUCUGCGACUCCGGAGUUAAGGAAGGUUCCUUCGGGUCCAGACCCACUGCAUCAUAACGGUGGAAGCCCCAAUAAGCCUAAAACCCCUUAAAUUUACUGAAGGAACUGUUCUCUGGGGCUCUGUCUGUGUGUUUUUUCGUUUUUGGUUGGCUGAUAUUUUAAAAUGUCCCCGUCUUUUUUCGUUGGUCAGAAAAUGUCCCCGUCUUGGUUAGCUAGUUAAAUAUGAGAGAUCAUGUAUAGUUUUGUCCCUCCUUCCUGUUGAUCAAGUAAAUCCAGUUAAUUUCUUAUUGGAAACAACAAGUUGUGUUUGACGUUUGUGCUCGGGUAGUUUGAAACUAGAGGCAGGAUCACAUUGCAAGAUGUCACAAUUUCCGCCUUCUGUCCAUUCAUGGAUUGGACAGAAAUAGAAUCUCGUAAACUAUGCAUUGACAUUGGAUUUUGGCUACUUUCGCUGGAAUACUCUUAAAAUAUACGUAAUGCCUGCAGAGAAAAGAUAAGAUUCCUCUAUGCAAUAACAAACCCUGAGCUUCUAUUGCAAAGAUGUGACAGCAAUGACGCAGAUGCUAGCAGGGAAUGACACAAGGGAACUAU